AAGCAGCAACAGAAAGCCCUUGAGUAUCUUGAUUUUCUCUCUCUAGCUCAGACAUGAACUCUGCAGUGCUUUUCUGGGGGGGGAUUUUUAUUUUUACAGUCACAGAUGGAAAAUUAUUCGAAAGAUGUGAACUUGCUGGAAUUAUGAAGAAGAUGGGACUUGAUGGGUAUCGAGGAUACAGCCUGCCUAACUGGGUGUGUACAGCUUUUUUUGAGAGCUCAUUUUAUACAGACCGUACAAAUUUCAACAGAGGAGAUAACAGCACUGAUUAUGGCAUUCUCCAAAUAAACAGUCGUUGGUGGUGUAAUGACAACAAGACUCCAGGAAGUCACAAUGCUUGCAACAUUAAUUGCAGAGCUCUCUUGAGUGAUGACAUCACCCAGUCUGUGAUAUGUGCAAAACGCGUUGUAAGAGACCCACAGGGCAUGGAAGCAUGGGUUGGCUGGAGAAAUCAUUGCAAAGGAAGAGACCUUUCUCAGUGGAUUAAAGACUGCAAACUUGAUAUUCUUCCGUAGCUCUACUGAACUGCCUGGCUUGCUGCUGCUGAUUGCAAAGCUUCUUAUAUAUAAGGGAGGAGAUACAUAUAAGCAUUAAGAUAUAAUUGUGCUACCACUCUUGAAAUACCAGGAGAAUACUGGGAGUGCUUCCAUAGGGUUAUAGCAUUCUGGAAG